GAAAGCCCUGUGCUUCACACCGCCUCCAUCUAAACGAAAACCUGGAAAACGACUUGAACCCCUCGAAGCGGAGACGAAAACGGUGGCUGCUGGAAGCCGAAGCGAAACUGCCGUACGACGAACCGCCGCGUUUCUACAACCCGAAUCGAACCAUCCUCAGACGUCCGUUCACGCCCAUCUUCGACCUGAAUCAACCGAUCGACGAAGAAUUCGAUCUGAUGACGAACAGGACGAACGUCGACGUUUCGGGUCUGAUUUUUCGCAACGUCAACAAGAGGGCCACCGUCGACCCUAAGAAGACGACGUGCAUGUUGUAUCUGCAGGCGGACCAUCAGUUUUUUUCGAAAUACGGAACGGAGGAGGCUUGCAUCGAGGUUAUGACGAGGCACGUGCAGCGAGUCAACGCCAUUUAUAGCAAUACGGAUUUCAAUCAAGAUGGCAAGAAGGACAACAUAACCUUCAUGGUGAAAAGAAUCAAGGUUCACACGAUGGACGCCCUCAAAGACCCUCUCUACAGGUUCCCUAACAAUUACGGAGUUGAGAAGUUCCUAGAACUGUUUUCAGAAGAGGACUAUGACGCAUUCUGUCUGGCAUACAUGUUCACCUAUCGAGAUUUCGAAAUGGGUACUCUUGGCUUGGCAUGGACUGGUGACCUUAAAAACGCUGGAGGAGUUUGUGAAAAGAAUGGGCACUACAGAGGAAGCAUGAAAUCCUUGAAUACCGGUAUAGUUACUCUAUUGAAUUAUGGCAAGCACGUACCUCCGGCUGUAUCCCAUGUCACUUUGGCUCAUGAAAUUGGUCAUAAUUUUGGAUCUCCACAUGAUCCAGAACAGUGUUCACCCGGUGGAGAAGACGGCAACUUCAUAAUGUUUGCCAGAGCUACAUCAGGAGAUAAAAGAAACAAUAAUCGUUUUUCUCCCUGCAGUUUGAAGAGCAUCAAUCCUGUUUUGAACUUCAAGGCAAGAUCUCCCAAAGGAUGUUUCACAGAGCCUAAAGCAGCAAUUUGUGGCAACGGAGUAGUUGAAGAAGGAGAAGAAUGCGAUUGUGGUUGGGAAGAGGACUGUAGAGAUCAAUGUUGUUUUCCUAUGAGGAGAUAUGCUAGCAUAGAUGAACCGCCCUGUUUUCUCACUCCUAACAGUGUUUGCAGUCCAUCUCAGGGACCGUGCUGCACGUCGAACUGUCAAGUCAAAUUCGGAGACAAAUGCAGGGAUGACAAUGGAUGUAGAGAUGAAAGCUUUUGUAAUGGCAGAGACCCCCAAUGCCCUCCGUCGAUCAAUAAGCCCAACAAAACGAUCUGUAACAAGGAGUUCGUCUGUUUCAUGGGGGAAUGUACGGGCUCAAUAUGUUUGGCAUACGGACUGGAAUCGUGCCAAUGCAUACCAACUAACAGCGAUCCAAAAACUAAAGCCUGCGAACUUUGCUGCAAAUUACCAGGUGACAAUCAGCCGUGUCUUUCGUCAUUUGAAUGGAAUGACAUGCCCUACGACAUACCGGAUAUGUAUUCCAAGCCUGGAACUCCUUGUAACAAUUAUAUAGGAUAUUGUGAUGUUUUCCAAAUGUGCCGUGAGGUAGAUCCUUCAGGCCCUCUUGCCACUUUGAGGAAGCUCUUAUUGUCUGACGAAAGUAUAGCCAGUUUCAAGCAAUGGGUUAUAGAUUAUUGGUAUGCUGUUGCCGGUAUUAUACUGAUUGUUAUUGUAUUAUUGAUCCUCAGCACGAAGUAUCUUGGUAAGCGACCAAACUUCAAAAUCAAAUCGGUCACCAUAAUGCACAAAUCUUCGACUGAAGCGGUUCGCUUACCCCCAGAAGGAGAGGGAGGUGUCACGGUCCACCCGGGCGUUCGCUCCAAGUUACCACUGAAGCGCAAAGUGAGAGACGGAAAAGUGAAACGGAAACGAAAGACCAAGGUGGAAUCGAUCAACAACAACCUGAACAGUCCGAGUAAGCCGAAAGUAUCUCCGAAGAAGAAGAAGAGAGUUUCGGCAGCUGUUGGAGCCGAAGAGGCUAGGACGAAACCUCUCGAUACCAAUGUGUUCGAAGUGCCAAACAAUAAAAUUAAGAAGCUCACACAAGCCAACGUUGCCAAAAAGAAGAAGAAGAAGAAAGAAAUUAUAGACUACAGCAGCGUCCAAGCCGAUAUAGAAGGAGGUAAAGGGGAACUCGUCGGUAAAUAUUUAGUAAAGAUUGUUUGGAUAUUAACAGGGUACUUUUACUAUCAGAACUAUUUGAAACGAGUCUCACUGUAUUUCCAUGAACAACAUUGGUUCAAUCUAGGCAAGGUCCAGAACUGGCUGUUGAAAUCUCAGUACGCCUUGCCGAAAUCCAAAUCCACUCCCGUCGGCUUGACAGACAAGACUCGCAGGAGUCCCCACAAGCGCCCCACUAUCAGGCCGCGAACCGACAAGAGCAAAUCGCACAGUGUGGGCAACAUCCCAAGCGAAAAAGAAAAAGUUCGCCUGCAAGUCGUGUACAAACCUCCUUUCAAGUUUAGUGUUAAGUUGCGCAAACCGGAAAAGACGAGCGUGGUAAUCGAACGGGCUCCGGACGUAUCUAGAAAACUGGAAAAGGUGCCAAGAACAGGGGUGCUAGUUCAGCAAGUUAAACUGUCGGGGGACAAGCCCAUCGCUAGUGCGGACUCACCUCGGAUCGAUGUGAAUCCAGACAUCGAUUCCAAUAUCCAUACCGUCCAAUCCGAUCUAGAAGUACUGUUAUCCGAAAGUGAAUUUUUGUUUUCGGACGACUGACGUAUCGAGGACGUUCCGCUCGGAGUUGAGAUAACUUUUUUAAGGCUGUGGAAAAAAUAUUCCGCACUAACUGAAUCGCUUCAUAAUUUAUAUUUUUUUAUGGUUUUAAUGUAGGUUUAGAUUUUUCCGACCAAUCAGUCGAGUGUUCUGAGAAUGAUCGAUCGAUAAUAUCGAAUAAAAAUUUUGUUUGGAGAA